UCAUUUUAGGCGAAAAUUGAAAAAAAGGGUCAGAUCCUUAAGAGGUUAAAUGCCAUGUAUUAAUAGUCGAGUAAACCUUUUUAAACAUUUAUUUGCCAAAUAAAGGCCACAUUUCUUUUUCUCAUGUUGGAUGCUUUAAUUGACACUUUUAUCAUAACCUGUAUGGCCCCUGUAUGGUUCUUUCCCAGGUGGGCUUGCCUGCUAAGUCUGGGGUGUCAGGAGCAGUUCUAUUGGUGGUCCCUAAUGUCAUGGGAGUCAUGUGUUGGUCUCCUCCGCUAGACAAGGUUGGAAACAGUGUCCGGGGCAUACACUUCUGCCAGGAGCUGGUGUCUUCGUUUAACUUCCACAACUAUGACAACCUGAGACACUUGGUCAAGAAGCAGGACCCUCGAAGGCAAGACGGGGAUGAUAGGAACAAGUCUGUGGUGAGCUUGAUGUUUGCGGCCUACAGUGGAGAUGUGUCAGCCCUCAGAAGGUUUGCUCUGUCAUCGAUGGACAUGGAGCUGAAGGACUAUGACUCUAGGACGGCUCUACACGUGGCUGCUGGCGAGGGCCAUGUGGAUGUGGUACGGUUCCUAACAGACGCCUGCAAAGUCAACCCCUUUGUGAAAGACCGGUGGGGCAACAUUCCCCUUGAUGAUGCCAUGCAGUUUGGCCACGGUGCCGUGGUGAAGGUCCUACAGGAUUACCAGGUGGCCUGCCAGGAACAGGAGAGACUACCAGUGGCUGAUACCAUACCCAUACCCCCCAAACUAGAGACUGUAGAAGGCAUGGUGUGAUCAGGGGACGUAUAUAUAUCAAGCGUCUCCCAUUAAGAGUGCUGAUCUACGAUCAAUUUUGCGGAAUGAAACAGAUUAUUAUAGACGGGGAGGACAGUGAUCCUAAAUCAGCACCCCUACUUGAUAAAUGGGCCCAGGGCCAUCAGGGUCUAUUCAUUAGGUCCCAAAUGGAAGAAAACAGACCGAAACAUGGAGAGACUUCCUCAAGUUGUCCAAUAAAGAAAACACUCAUUUUCGUUUUCUGUUGCAAAUGGUAGUGUGUCCGAAGUGGUGCUCUAAUUCCUAUAGACCUUUAGUGCAUUACUUUUGGUUAGUAGUGUGUAUAGGGAAUAGGGUGCCAUUUAGGAUACUGUGUUAUUCCUCCCACCAGGACUUCUCUUUCUUGGGAAAUCUCUGGGUGCG